AUAAUUCCUUAAGUCAUGCCUCAUGUCCUGAACUUGUCAGUUAACAUUGCAACACCAUGUUGCGCAAUCAUAACAGCGACUCCGUUCGGAGGCUCAUACACCGCUUGCGAGUGUUUAUGAAGGUGUUAUUCAGAUAUAUUGCCUUCCCGCUGCGACUUGUACAUCAUCUGUGGCGCACCCUUCUACGGUUAUACUACGAUUCACGUACCAUCGCAUCUAGGCGCCGGUUCCAGCGCAUUCACACAGAUGGACACCCAGAGCGAGUUGCUGGCUCAAGACAGCCUACAAUGAUUCUUCCUCUGAGCAACCAUCAGCCGCAAGUCUCACCAUCACCAGGGCCCGCUUCCUGUUCAUCCCACUCACUGUUGCCGGUCCCGGCCCCUCCGUCAUCCUCUAGUUGUGUCCUCCAGCUAUCUCCUGCAGCACCAGUCAUCCCCCAGAGCAGGAGCUCCACUAAUUUCGAGCCAUUCGUACCCUCCGAUGUGAUGCGGUACGAUAAAACUCCGUCGAUAAACCCCGACAACAACAAAUACAAGUUUAUUCCUCCUCAAACGAUAGAUUUUUUAGAUCCGCGUCAACAAGACGGUGGAGGCUGGCGUGCCUAUAUACACCCCGAAGGGGCACUCUAUUUUCAUAACCCCACGCGGGGUAUCUAUACGGACUCGAACUUGCAGAACGAAGAUCGCCGGUGCAAAAUGGACUCAUGUGUGGACGAAGUACUCGCUCUUACGCCUCCUGAGUUGCAGCUAUGUUGCGACAAGAUCGAGCUUGUGGUGCAAUUGGCAUGGAACCAGAAGUCCAAAGUUAGAAUUUGCAGAUACUAUUUUAUUGAUCACGACAAGCAUCUGCUUUUCUGGCUCCAUGAGCUACCUACAGUAAAACUUUUUUGCGGAGUUCAGGGUGUCGAAAAGCUGAGCCAUAUCAGUGCGCCCUCAACAGUGGAUAAUCGUCGUGUUUUGAUAGUUUGCAUUUCCAGAGUAUGCUGUUGAACAUCAGUACUGGCAAGUCUUUCAUUAAAAUACAAGAUUAAUACAAGAUUAAUCAGGUGUUUCCUAGGCAACACUGCGAGAUGUAUCCCAAUGCAAAUCUACCAUGCACUCAGUUGCUCAGGGAACUCAAAGAAGUCGUUGUGCAUGCUAGCGCUGAGACUAUUACAACAGAUGUGUCGCUCUCGCCCUUCGACGGUGAUGAAUUAUCGAAAAUUCUGGACUUGAUCAACCAGCUUGGAG